AUGCGGGCUCAUUUACACAGUUGAAGCUCGUAGUCUUCCGCCGUGACCAUGUCGAUACUAGUGCUGAUCUUGUCGGUCCUCCUGGGUUAUGCACUUGCGGCGAACGUGCCUCGCAGCAGUGACUGCGUCGGCACCAUAGCGUCGUUGGACGACGUUGCUGCUGCCCAGGAGUGCUCGACCGUGAACAUCGAAGGAUUCACUGUUCCGGCCGGUGAAGGUUUCACCCUGUCUCUCAUAGACGGCGCGACUGUGAACUUGCAGGGAGAUGUUUUAUUUGGCAAUAUGAGCUGGACGGGGCCCUUGUUUACUAUCAGCGGAAAUGAUAUUACUUUCAACGGUAACGGCCACAGGUUCGACGGAGGAGGACCCUUCUAUUGGGAUGGUCUGGGUUCGAAUGGGGGCAUAACCAAGCCGCGUCCCAUGCUGAAGAUCAAAAUGUCCGGCAGGUUCUCUGACCUCUACGUUGUCAACUCGCCUGCCCAGACUUUCUCAGUUUCCAACCCGGGUCCUCUGGUCAUUUCUUCUGUUACCGUUGACGACUCUCAAGGAGAUUAUCCCAAUGCUCAAAGCAACGGUCUGGCGGCAGGGCAUAAUACAGACGGAUUCGACGUCAGCACUACUGACCUUACGAUUGAAAACAGGUCGGUUCACAAUCAGGAUGAUUGCAUUGCCAUCAACGAAGGCUCCAACAUCGUUUUCACCAACAACGUCUGCACGGGUGGCCAUGGGAUAUCUAUUGGUUCAAUCACCUCGAACCGCACCGUAUCCGGCGUAGUAAUCUCCAACAACCACAUUGCGAACGAACAGCAGGCGAUCCGCAUCAAGACAGACGCGGUGGCGACGAAUAGCAGCGUGUCCAAUAUCACCUACAGUGGCAAUACCGCCACAAACUUGACGAAGUUUGGCAUACUCAUUGAUCAGAGUUACCCCAGCACCCUCGGCGUUCCUGGUGCUGGGGUGAAGAUCUCCAAUAUCAAUUUCAUCGAGGCCGAGUCUAUCAUCUCCGUGGCCAGUGGGGCUGACCGCGUUGCCGUCAAUUGCGCGGUGGGAGGUUGUCUAGGUACUUGGGAUUGGUCGAGCUUGACAGUCAGCGGUGGUAAAGCUGGACCUAUCAACAACUUUACUGGAAUUGAAGGUUUCAGUCAGUAAAUAAUCAAGGAUAAUACUAGCGCAAUGCAUGUACCCAUGUAAUGACUCGGGCGCACACUGAAAGAAUCCUUCACUACAUCAAAGCCGAAGUCGAGUACU